AUGGCGACCAUCAAGGCCAUCGAGGCCACCUCUGUCCACCAAAUACAGUCUGGUCAGGUUAUCAUCGACUUGUGUUCCGUCGCAAAAGAGCUAGUCGAAAAUGGUCUUGACGCUGGCGCAACGAGCAUCGAUGUCCGGUUUAAGAACCAGGGCCUCGACUUGAUUGAGGUCCAGGACAACGGCACAGGCAUUUCGCCCGAGAACCACCAGACUCUGGCUUUGAAACAUUACACUUCAAAGCUGUCCACCUACUCUGACCUGAGCACAUUGGAGACCUUCGGCUUCCGUGGCGAGGCCCUGUCCUCCCUCUGUGCCCUGUCAAAGUUCACCGUUGUCACUUGUCUUCAGUCCGAGGCUCCCAAAGGAUCCAAACUCGACUUUGAGACUUCGGGCAAGCUCAAGUCUACCAGCGUGGUUGCUGCUCAGAAGGGCACAACCGUCUCCGUCGAAAAUCUUUUCCAGAAUCUGCCGGUACGGCGCAGGGAGCUGGAACGGAACAUUAAGCGUGAAUGGGGCAAGGUGAUCAGCCUUCUCAAUCAGUAUGCCUGUAUCCAGACUGGGGUCAAGUUUACGGUUUCCCAACAGCCGAACAAGGGCAAGCGAAUCGUUCUUUUCUCUACAAAGGGAAACAAGAGUACCAGAGAAAACAUCAUCAAUGUCUUUGGGGCCAAGACAAUGGCCGGCUUAGUUGUCCUGGACUUGAAACUUGACCUGGAGCCCACAACUGGCUUAACCCAAAAAUGGAGUACACAGGGUGACGGCGGCACCCACGAGAUCAUGGUUCGAGGUCAUAUAUCACGGCCAGUGCACGGUGAAGGGAGGCAGACUCCGGACCGACAAAUGUUUUACGUCAAUAGUCGGCCCUGUGGGCUGCCCCAAUUCGCCAAAGUCUUCAAUGAGGUGUAUAGGUCGUACAACUCGUCACAGUCGCCGUUCAUAUUCGCCGACAUACAGCUGGAUACACACCUCUACGAUGUCAACGUCAGCCCGGACAAGAGAACCAUCCUCUUGCACGACCAGGGGCGCAUGUUGGACAACCUCCGGGAAUCCCUAAUUGAACUCUUUGAGAAACAAGAGUACACAGUUCCCGUGUCACAGGUUGCGACAUCUAAGCUUCCGCCUUUCAAGAAAUCGACUGUGACGCGGGAGGAUACAAAUGGCUCUGAGGGAGGCUCGACAGAAACGUCGUCCGCUGCGCCCGAUAAAGUUGCGGCUGCUCAUGCUCAGGAGGAUGAUGGUCCCGAUGUGUCGGAAGACGAGGAGGAUACCUCAGGAGCCCUACGGAUCAAGAAUCUGGCUUCUGCCAAGGCCCUUUCGAGAGAUGCACAGAUGAACUCGAUGACGCGCUGGUUGGACAAGAAGUUGGCUUCUCAGGAGGAGGCCAGUCCGGAGCCAAAGAAGGCCGCCACGCUCAGUCUCAACGAGACUGCUACUGAGGAUAUGAAUGAGACGGUGCCAAGAAAUGGGGAACUGGACGUGUCGGGGACUUCCAGUAAGCCUGAUGAACAGGUACAGUCGGAGUCAACGAACGUACGGGUCUCUGCAGCAGAAACUGGUGACGGCGACGAUGCAUUUAUUACCCGUUUGUCCCGGAUGAAGCGCUCCUUUCUCCCCGAGUCCCUUCGAGACGAGCCGCCAUAUUAUGGAGCACCUGAUGAGCUGUCCAUUCCCGCUAUUGCAAAACCAACCAAACCCAUAGAUACUGCACCGCUCAGUGUCUCCGCCCCAAGGCCUCCGAAGCGGUCAUCUCAGGAGGUCGCAACCAUCACAAUCGGAGACCACUCGGUGACAAGCGUCAUUGGUACACCUGCAAAGAGGAUAAGAGUAGACGAGGCAGCUGUGCAGCUCGACGUCCCGCAGAAGGCGGCAGAAGCCCCAAAAGCUGCAGCACCUCUGCCUUCUUUUGGUGGGCGCCUAACACAAAUGUUUUCUGCGGCUUCUGCUUCGCGGACGUCAAGAGAGAGGGAAGGCCUACACACUGAGGACUCGGAGAGCGUCGAGGACGACGACGAGGGAGAUGCGGAAGAGGUGGAAGACGUAGACGAGGAUGAAGAAAGAAGCGAGGACGACCAUUUUUCUGACGCAGAAGCUGUACCAGACCAAGAGAAGGUCGUCGAUAGCGACAGCGAGUCGUCGGCAUCCUCUGCAUUAUUCGUGGAACAGGAGGAGGAGUACGACGAGACCUCAGCAUCGCCUGCUGUUGAAGAGGCGGCGGAAGUGCUAGACGAAGACGAUGGAGAGUAUAUUAAUGAGGAGGAGGCAAAAGCCCGGGAAAAAUUGGAACCGCAGAAAAGCCCCACUGCUGCCGAAGAGGUUGGUCAUGAAGCCAGCGAAGAAAAUCAAAAGCGGACUCAGACAUUCCUAAAAGGAGGUGGAAAGAACAAACAUUCCACACAGGCCCUUCUGCAGCGGCUUACUGUCGAUGAGGAGUGGCUCCAGAAGCGUCUAGUCUUCUUCGACGCCCAGAGACGUGGAUACGCCCCAGCAAGGAAAGAUCACGACUCUGAGGACUUGGACACUGGUCUUGAAGCUGGGACACAGGUCGCAGAAGACAAAUUGUCCCUCACUAUCCACAAAGGCGACUUCUCUAGGAUGAAGAUCGUAGGACAAUUCAACCUCGGCUUCAUCCUUGGAGUCCGACCUGGCACCUCAGCACCCAGCUGCGCCACAGCGAGCGCCCGGGCAGACGGGCCGAGGGACGACGACGAGCUCUUCAUCAUCGACCAGCACGCGUCGGACGAGAAGUUCAACUUCGAGCGCCUGCAGGCCACGACGAUAGUCCAGUCGCAGCGCCUCGUAAGGCCCAAGCCGCUCGAACUCACGGCCAUCGAGGAGGAGAUCGUCAUCGAGAACCACGCAGCCCUCGAGGCAAACGGUUUCCAGGUCGAGGCCGACACGUCGGGCGACGAGCCCGUCGGGUCGCGGUGCCAGCUCCUCAGCCUGCCGCUCAGCCGGGAGACGACCUUCUCGCUCGCCGACCUCGAGGAGCUGAUCUCGCUGCUGGGCGACAGCCCUACAACCACGUCGUCGCCUCCUCCUGUCCGUGACGAUGGUAACGGCGACGGCGACGGCAACGUUGGCCACCACAGCGGCAGCACUGCUGCACCCAGGAGGCACAUCCCCCGGCCGUCCAAGGUGAGGAAGAUGUUCGCGAUGCGUGCGUGCCGGAGCAGCGUCAUGAUCGGCAAGGCGCUGUCGCACAGGCAGAUGGAGAAGGUCGUCCGGCACAUGGGGGACAUGGAGAAGCCCUGGAACUGCCCACACGGGCGGCCUACGAUGAGGCACCUAUGUGCCCUGGGGACUGCGUGGGACGAGAAGGGAUGGGCAGAAGGCGACCACGGCGAUGGCGUUGGGGGACGGACAACGGACUGGGCCGGGUACGUGAGCAGGAUGAGGCAGUGA